UGACAAAUUGAAUGAAAAAUUAUUUUUGUGUCAAUAAAAACAUUAAAAAAAUGAUUCAAAAUAAACGGUGUUUUGAUUUAAGCAAUUAUUUGGUCGACUUCUUGAAGACCAAUGAACCAAAUGAUACACUAAGAAGACGAUUGACGGCUGAUAUUGAAGACACCAGAAAACAAAUCAGCGAACAGUUAAUCAGUUUUGAUAUCGAUUUGAAUGAAUUGAACGACAACUACAAGACAUUGGUAACACUGAAGCAGAGAAGCGGCGAUUUGGAGGCACAGCUCAAGACGUACGCCGACAGCCAUUUGAUGGCCGACAUCGACGAUCUGAAUGAUAUGUGCCAUCAGAGUAACGACCGAAUGGUUCGCUGUAAACGAUUGACACAUUUUGUCACACAAUUUCGGGAAAUGUAUUCAGAGCUCAACUCAAUUGACCAGUCGUUUGGUGUCAACUCGUACGAGAUGUCUGUCCAACACAUGGCCAACGCUCGACAACUGUAUCGGCAACUGAUCCAAGAGAUCGACACAAACGACGAUCUGAAAGGAACGGCCAAAGAGUUGCGGCAGUUCUUGAGUGGAGUGAAGAAUGAGUUGACACUGAAGAGAGAAGAAUUGAUUUACAAUACAAAACAGUUGUUUAAUUCAAACGUCAAAGCAUUUAAAGAUGUGGCUAACGAUGAGUAUGUCUUUGAGUUUAAUUUAAUCAAUUAUCUCAAAUCAAACGAUUACAAGAAUUUCAUCAAUUCAUUCAUCGAAAUACCAGAGUAUGAGAUAAUACUCAAACAUUUGAUUAAAACAUUGAACGAGUAUUUUGUUAAAAAUAUUGUCGAAGAAAAAGUGAAUCAAUUAUCACUUGAAGACAAUAAAAUCAUAGCCACUAAAUCAAAACCUGAUGGUUCAUCAUCAUCUGUAUUACCAUUAUCACUGUUGAAGACUUUUUUUGAUUAUCUAAACCAAUUGUUAACCGAUAAGAACGAGAUUAGAGAAGGCAGACAAUUGUUGAAACUAUUGGGUCAGCACUGGACUGAAGAUAUAUUGAAUCAAAUAUUAAAUUACUAUUUGAGACGAUUGAUGCCGAAAACUGAAUCCGAGAUCAAACAAUAUUUAACACUUAUAGACGCAGCCGAAGAUAUUCGUUGUUAUCUUCAAGACAUUGGUUUUAUUGAUGAAAAUAAUAUGGACUCACCAUUUGUCGAAUUUGCACUCAAUAUUGGUUAUCAUUUUAGUCGAAAACUUUGUACAGACUUUCUGAUUGAAGCCAAAACUAUUAUUAGUCGUGAUUUACAUCAAACAGUCGAAGUGGGAACUUGUGAGACGACAACUAGCGAUGGCAAUCAUUUUCCUGUAUGUCGUGUCAGCCAAUUGGUGGUCGAACUCAAACAACUAGUCGAAGACAUUCACCAAUUUUCCAUUCGCUGUUCAGAACAUUGUUGUCAAUCAUUGUUGCAAACAAUUGCAGACAUUGUCGAGUUGUUUAUUGAUAUGAGUCCUAUAUAUCACAAGAAACUGAUCACUGAAUUUCCCCAACAGAACGCUAUAUUUCAUAAUAAUUGUCUAUAUUUAGCCAAUUUUAUUGAAACACUUCCAUCAAACAGUUCAGCUCUGCCAUUGUUAGACCCGUAUCGACCAAUUUUAAGACAACUCGGAUCGCAAGUGUUUCUCAAACAAAUGAAAUCUCAAGAAAAGAUAAUCUUGGAUUUGGUUCAAAGUCAACAAUUUGCUCACUGUGUCAACGAUUUGGCCACCGAAGACACUAAGUCGGCAUUAGGCGAUCAAUUAGCUAAAGAGUUUCGUCGAAUACUGAAUCAAUGUUUAGUUCACUUGAACUUCUUGAAGAAUGCACUAAUAGAUGUCUUACCCGAAAAAGUCUACCACAAAGCUAUCGGAACUCUUGUUAAUUCUUUAUUCAACGAAUUGAUUCAUAAGAUUACAAUUCAAAACGAUAUCAGUUCUUCCGGUGCCUCCAGACUUAGUACUGAAAUCGAGUUUUUGCUUAAAGAGAUUCAAUUGUUUUUAGACACCGAAAAUCCGAUGCGUUUGGUCUCCAAAUGGUCUAAACUAACGGAAAUGAAAUUCAUAUUAAAUGCCAGUCUUGUAGAUAUAGUCAACCGAUGGGCCGAUGGAUGCGGAAUAUUGGCCGUCGAGUUCAGCGCACAAGACGUUAAACAAUUAAUUCGUGUCUUAUUUCAAAAUACCGAACGAAGAGCUCAAGCACUCAACAGAAUAACUUCCAAAUGA